AUGUCUGUGAUCCCUAGGGUCCCCAGGCUUGGAUAUGACGUCCUUUGGGAACAGGGCUCUGUGUCAUGGACCCUUUAUUCCCAUUUCGUCACCCGCACGACCAGGUCAACCAAUUCUUUGGAUAUUGGCCCCAAGAGUACCAGAUUUAUCCAUCCAUCGGGCAACCCGGGCGAAAAAGCCCAAGGGGCUCCGCUCUUCGCCGCCGCCCGCCCGCCGCCGCUGGAUGACGGCAAUUGGAUCGAAAAGAACACCAUCCCCCUCACUCUCUCCCCUUUAGACGGCUUCGGCACCGAGUCUCCUCUUGUCUCCUCUCUUCCGCCAUCGAAAGCUCCUCCCCAUGCACGCAUACAUUGCACAUGGCUUGGCAGCUUGGUGCGGGAACUUGGUCAUCCCACGGCAGGACCCCAAAUGUCGUGGCAUCGCGAGGAGCUCAACCCGUUCUGCGACCCGACGCGGAAACACAGCCUGCUUUUAGCUAGCCCGGGCUGUUGGGACCGAUCUUCGCACCUUUUUAUUUUCGCUAUUGAAUCCCCGCGUCGCGCGGGGUGUCUGGUAGUAGAGGCUUCGCCGACAUCUCAACUACCACCUCCUACUUCUUUUACCCUACCAACACUUGGAGUUCGGCCUUUUCUUUGCCCGCUGAAUAACUACAUCAGGGUACUUACUGGCCACAGCCGUCGCCACACGGCAACCUCCACGGGAGGGCCCGUUGCAGGCGCAUCUUCUUUUUACCCCUCUAUCAGCAGAGCCCGGGUCUGUGGGCUUCAAGCACCCCACGAUAUCUCGGCCAUCAUGACGUUAUCGAGUGACAGGAAGGGGCCUUUGAACUCUCGAUUUCUCGAUUGCUACCCAGCAGCAGGGCUGCACCAGGCCGAAGAGGGGUUUCCGGCACGUUGA